UGUGUUCGAGUCAUCAAGUUGAACAUCUGCGUGUGUGUUGUUAUGUGACAGUGACAUGCCAAAAGGUCGUCCUAAGUCGCAGGUCGCCCCCUGUCGAUUCUGCAGUAAGCAAUUCAAACGACAGAAACAUCUACAACGCCACGAACGGACUCACACGCGCGAAAAACCAUAUCCUUGCGAAUGUGGUAAAGAUUAUGCCAGGCAGGAUCUGCUUGUGCGCCAUCAGCGUCUUGACCACCAGAUCGGCACACCGGCGAGCGGAAGUCCUCCAACGCCCUAUGACAAUGUCAGCCCACACUUGGCUCCGAAUGACUUGACCAGUUGUUCUACCAACAUGCCAUCUACACAGCCUAUGUCGGAGUCUACAGUCAGUAAUCUGACUUUGCCUUCAACUUUUCAAACGGUACAUUCCAUCCUCGACUUUCAAUCAACCAGUGGGCUGGACUUCUUGUGGGAUGAAGCAGCGACCACGUUCGAUUUCUUACCAUCCGUGUUCUUCAACACCAAUUAUCCGCUUUCAGAUCUUACUGAUAGGGCAGAACUGCACAUCAACCCGGCACCCGUUCCUCCUGCCAUUGAUGCUUACGGGACACCGCAGAUUACGCCGGAGAUAGAGGUCCAACCAUCAAGAGCUCCAGGAAUUGUUUUCAAUGACAACGAUGCGUUAUUGAGACGCGCACUGGUCGCCACGAGUGAUGCCGCUUCUUCAUGGCUUUGGACUAUCACCACUACCACCCAUUCGAGUCUGCUACAUACCGUCCUGUCCAAAGCACAUAUCCUUCCUAAAGAAUUUCGCCUGCCUUCGCGUCAUGCGCUGUCAAGGUAUCUUGAAAGCUAUUUUCGUGCAUUUGAUAAUCAUCUGCCUUUCGUUCACAGACCGACUUUCUCCACGAAGACAGCCGCUCCCGAAUUGGUGCUGUCAAUGGCGGCGGUUGGUGCGUUAUACCGCUUCGAACACCCUCGAGGAUACUUGCUCUACUUUGCUGCUAAAGCUCUAGUCGAUGAUCAAAUUGCACAGCGCAGUGAUCAUGUGGUAUCGCAUCUGACGGCUAGGUCGCCAGAAGACCGCGUUGCGAGAUUCAGCAUGACUUCUCCCACCAUUUACAUCCCGAAGCAUACCCUUCAGACUAUUCAAGCGCUUUUGGUCCUUCUGACAAUGUCAUCCUGGGCCGACAGUCCUAUCGUCCGCGACUCAAUGUCAAUGGCGGGAAAGUUAGCUAUGUUAGUACGUGAAGCUGCUCUUUCGGUAGACGACGAACGUCCAGACGGUCUUGCCUGGGAAGCCUGGGUGCGUAACGAGGAGCGGCGAAGGACUUUGUUUGUUGCGUAUGUCCUUUUCAAUCUGCAGAGCAUCGCUUUCAGUGUACCACCUAUGGUGUUGAGUCAUGAGGUCGUGUUGUGCCUUCCUAGUACCGAGAUUGAAUGGAAUGCUCAAACUGCGGCUGAAUGGGAAAACCUCCGACUUACGAAUGUCGGUGCUUUCGAAGAGCGAUGUUUCCAAGAAACAUUAUCUCAGGUUCUCGCCGGUAAAAGCGUCUACGAACACAAGACUGUGUCUGCCUUCGGAAACUAUGUUCUCAUUCAUGGAUGCUAUCAACAAAUCUUUUUCGAAAGACAAGCCUCGGGAGGGUUUUUGCCUUUCCACAGAUCCACUCUGAGACCCGAUGUGGUCAGAAUCUUUGAAGGCGCUUUACGAGCAUGGCAAAAUUCGUGGGAGGCAACUGCUGAAUCAACGCUGGAUCCACAAUCGCCAAAAGGUCCGCUCGGUUUUAAUGCGACUGCUUUGCUACGCCUCGCUUAUAUCAGAUUGAACUCCAAUCUGCCGCCUUUCCGAAGGUUUGACGACAUAGAACCAUCUCCCAUCAUCAACAUGUUCGCAAAUGCGACUUCCCAGGCUGUCGAGCGCUCGGUCAGUGUCGAUCGCGCCAUACUCCAAUGCAUACAUGCCUUGAGCAUUCCUGUCCGGGCAGGCGUUGCGUAUGUCGCUCGCACACAGGUGGACUGGAGCAUUCAACACGCGUUAUGCAAUCUUGAAUGUGCUCUGCUUCUUUGUAACUGGCUGGAAUCCGUUGCUUGUGCUGUGGAAUCAUCGGGCAUGGCUACUUUGCGUGAGGACGAGAAAGAGCCUUUGGCAGCUCUCUCCAGCCUCGUACGAGAGACCGAACUCAUGGAUGAUUUACUCAACAUUCAGGAUGGUUAUGCAGUGCAUUUCCGACGCUUGGCUUGGUGUACCACGAAAUUGUGGGCCGAGAUAUUUAGCGGUGGUUAUGUGUUUGAGAUCAGCCAUCUAGUCGGGACGACACUUUCGGAUAUCGCAGACAUAUUGGAACAGCGACUGCUCGGAGGACAGAUCAGAUAGUUGUGCACGAAUAUAUAUUUCACAAUUCACUACUCGU